AUUACGGUCCGAUCCAAUUGAACCCCACUAAACCUCCCAUUCUCUCGUUCGCCCCACGAAUCCCCCUCCUCUCCGCUUACCGGCCCCGCUGCCGGCUCCAAUUCCCUCACAAUGACUUCCCUGCGCUCCGCUAUAACCUCCUCCCUGCCGUCGAUCCGGGCGGCCGUCAGCCGAUCGAAGCGGGAAGUGGUUCGGCGGGAGCUGGAGAACUGCCACCUGGUUGCCGGGAUCUGGUGCCACGGCCUCACGGUGAAGCAGCUUCAGGCCAUCCGCGGCGCCCUCCCGGAGACCACGAAGCUGGUGGUGGCGAAGAACUCCAUCGUCGAGAAGGCCAUCGAGGGCACCAAGUGGGAGCCCCUCAAGGCCUGCAUCAAGGGCAUGAACGCCUGGCUCUUCGUCCACUCCGACGAGAUCCCCCCCGCCCUCAAGCCCUACCGCAACUUCCAGAAGGAGUGGAAGCUCGUCCUCAACGACUUCACCGGCGCCGUCUUCGAGGGCCGGCUCUACGGGCCCGACGACUUCCAGGCCCUCGAGACGAUGCCCACCCGGAUGGAGUCGUACGCCUACCUCCUCGGCUGCCUCCAGACCCCGGCGAUCACGCUGGUCAGCACGCUGCAGUCGCCGGAGAGGGAUGCCGAGAAGCCCGAGGGAGAGGGCGAGGCUGCUCCAGCCACCGCCGCCUCCGCUCUUGCCGAUUAAUAGCAGAUUGGAGAAGACGGGCAAGCCCAUUUCUUAAUAUAACUAUCAUGUAAUUCAUCCUCGUAACUACCAGUCUAGAGAGACUUCAAGUCAUUCUGAGCACAGAAGUUCAAGUAAAUGAGAAUUUGGCAUUUUUGCUGUCGCUAGGAUCUUGCAGCACAAAUGUUUCUGGAGAUCCUGGAGAUAAGUAUCCAAAAGUAUUAUUUUAUAUAUUCCUUGUUUAUUUUAAUUUGCCUUGUAUGCACAAACAGGAAUUUUCACCCUGCUUCUUCAGAGCUCCAGCUCAACCGAUAACCAAAUUCCCAAAAACGGUGGUCACGACCCAUGAAAGUUGCCUUCUGUGUAUGCUCGUGUUUAUUCAGCGGAUCGACGAGAGAGGCCAUUCUGCAACUCUUGAAUGAGGUAUUCAACUCCAGAGAUGAAUCGAAAAAGAAAUCUUUAUUGGUUCUACCUCCUCUUUUUUAUGAAGAGAAUGAAUCUUUUUAUCGAAGGAUCAGAAAAAAAUCGCAGAAUGCCCAAACCCUUGCAAAUGCAAUGAGUUUGGAUGGCAGAAGGAAGUGAUAAACUAUACAAUUAAGGAUACCAGCCACUGGAAGUUUAAAAAAAUACGGUAAAUGACAUGGGGUGGAUCCUUGUAUUUUCAAACACAAAUAACAAGCAGAAAUAUUGUUCUUUAAAAAGCCAAAUAUCUUAUAACAAAAGUAAUUAAUUGAAAAGAAAAAAAAAAAGACUAAGCAUGUAUCUUUGUGGGCAUACAGGUUACAAGGUUCUAGUAGGGCUGAGAUUUGAUGACUAGUUUGGGUUUUGGGUGACAAUGCGCUUGAAUAUACAAGUUGAAGUAUUUCUUAUAAUUUCUCUACCAUUACAAUGGGAACUCUUUGGGGGAUUAUUUUGUAUAAAUCUUUAAUCCAUUCCCCUCUUUGCAUAGCUUCACUUCUCCCCAUUCUAUCUGUGCAGCGACUUUGUUUACUCUAAUUUGUUUAUCGACAUGAUUAUUACUUAUUAGGGUUUGUUUUGAGAACUGAAGUUCCCAAUACUUUGAAACCACAUAUCAUCUGCAUUCAUUA